ACCCUCAAUAGUCAAUCCCACCGUUAUAUUUGUCCGUCAGCACACCACUUACAGCAGAAAGUCGCCGUCGUUAUCAGAUAUUUCAGAGGCCAGUGCCGCGUUCCCAGAUUCAAUGGAAAUCCCACCAGACCAAAAUCACCAGUCUCUCCCUUGGUGUAUUUCUCUGCUGCUAUUAAAAUUGAAAGUGAAUGAGGGGAAAAAGCAUUGAAAUAAGCUAUGGAAAGUCAGAACUAAUGCUGCUGUUGAUGGAUGAUGUACUAAUGUUGUUUUAGGAUCAGUAGUUGUGAGGUUUAGAUUUCUUAGAUAUAUCACAGCAAAGAUUUUGCCAACUGAUGAGGACAUUUAAGGUUGUUCAAAGGGUUCUCCAAAGUGCAAAGUAUUGUGAAAUGAAGCUUAACGGUUCUCUGCAUUUUAAUGCAAUGUUAUAUCACUGCACUGGUGAUUCGAACGAAAAGGUGUUGCCUUAUGAAUGGUAUGAAAAAGCAUUUCCAAAGUUGACAAGAUUAUCCCACUUGUUAAAAAAUGUUGAUUUAGUUGACGGACGGCUUGUGAAUGUGAAUGAUGAUUCAAUCAUCAGUGAUGAUCGCAUCGAACGUAGAAUCAAUACUUUCAAGUCGGUUAUGAGGGUCUUCAUUGGAUCCCCAUCAGUUCAGCUAAUGCUAAAGAAACAAAUCUCUGCAUUUGACUGUUUCGGUAAACCUAGUGAAAGGGAGCUCAUGGUUGUGAAUUCAUUAACCACGGUGAGCAAUGUUUUAAAUGUUACUGCUCAACAGAGGAAGCUGGUGCGUCUAGAGAUAUGUCCACAGGUUACUCAACACAAGAUAUGGACAGGUGCCCUUGAAAAAAUAUUGAAUGAAUUGCAAACAGAGAUUGGUUUGUUGAAUUGCCAAUCCCCAAAUAAAGGGACUAAGAUGGGUCAGCAGAUAGUUUCUAGCUGCCUUAAGUUCUUGGAUGAAUCAGCCGGUUCUUAUGGCCCUUAUUCUGCUUCAUGGAUUAGGCUUUUGCCUGCAAAAGUUGUCGACUCUCCACAUAAAUGGGAGGAUGUUUUUGAGAUGUUUAAUGAUCUCAUUAAUUGUUUAAAGAGUGAAAAGGAUUGUCUUUAUCAUUUGAAAAAGAUUGAGGUAAUGAAAGAAGGUGUCUCUCAGAUUAGGGAUGUGUUAGUUGAUAAUAGUAUUGGGUAUAAGGAUGCUAGGUACCAAGAAAGCCUAGUACAGAAGAAGUUGAGUAAUACAUUGGGACACUCAUCACAGUGCUUCUUCACACUUUUAUCGUAUUACCUCUAUGGGCAGGUUAGAGAUCUUGAAGUGGAUUUAUGUGGAGCUAUUUACGGGAAUAGUUCCGAGAAUAAGCUUACCUUGUGCAUGGGAAGAAUUCUAACUUCAAACGAGGAGAAGAUGGUUUGGAGUGGGGUUAAGCAAUUGGAAAGGGCUCUGGGUUUAUUUAAGUUUGUAUGGGAAACAGCAGGUAUGAAAGGCAUUAUGGAGUUGCAAGGCCACUUGUGGUGUGUAGGGCAUGAGGAGAGGUCGAUUACGUAUCGAGGAAACACCUUCUUUCUACAUGGGAUUAGUUUUGGUCCAAAGAGUACCUCAUCAAAACCUCUACGAUGUUAAGGCAGCUGCGAUGAUAUUGAUAAGCAAUUGCAUAUCUUUGUUUUUUUUAGAAGAUUAAGUGUGUGCAACAGCAUUGAUAAUUGGCACGUACUUCACAUUACUCAAUAUUUGGUGACUUUAAGAAACUCGCCUCCAAACAACCUAAAUAUUUUGGCCGAUGCCGAAAAGGUGAUUAAAAGAGGAUCGAUGAGAACAAUGAAAGUGUUAGAAGCAUUAGAGUUGGUGACGAAAAGAAGGAAAAUGAAAACAGAAACCAGUUGAAACAUGGCUUUCCUAUUGACUAAUUUAGUGGACCAUGAGAGUUCUGUAGAAAGUCAUUUUUUUGAUGAGGAAUUGGCUGGUACUGGGCACAAAAAACGUGGAUUGCAGCAGCAAUGUGUAAUGAAAACGAUGGAAGAAGCGACGUCUUUUAUCGGGGAGUUGGUUUUCGGCAUAGUGGCGCCAUGAUUGCAAGCCUGCAGGGCAGCAAUGAAAGAGAGAGAUGAACUGUCGUAGGAAGUUUCUUGGGACAUCGAUAUACUUGUGUAAGUGUUUACGUUUGUUUGCUAGUACUAAACUCUAAACACUUAUAUUCCGGUGUACUUGUCA